AGGGAUUCCGCCGUCUGAAUGCGAAAAGGAAUGGUCGUUAUGUUGAAAUAGUUUAAGUAUCAAGUUUGUCUCUAAGCCAGAUUGGCAAUUUAUGUUAAAAUAUAUGAGUUCAAUAUAAUUAAAUACCUAUUAAUAGUGCUGGUGUGGUUUCAUUAUUUGGAACGGUUGGACUGCUUACUACAUAUCAGAAGUGGGAUCGCUCCACGUAAGUAAUAUAUGUACAACCAUGGAUAUAUAUGUGAAUAAAAGAAAUAUUUGUGAAAUAAGUAAAAUCAUUUGUUGUUUAAGUGAAUAAAUAGAUUAUGACAGUGACGUUUUGAUUGCCAUUUUAGUUCAAAUUUUGAACAAAUAGUUUAUAUGGACGUUCUGUCUGUAUAAUAUACGUCAACGUCUAUAAUACAUUAUAUGUUUUGGUUACCUACUUGUGUUAAUAAAAUAUAAUAACAUGGAUAAAGAGAGUGAAAAGCGGAGAUUGGAAACUCCUUCGCGUAGCCGUACUUGCCGCCGAAGUGAAACCGGUCCCAGUCUCUCUCGCACGCGCAGUCGCAGUCGAAACGAGCGGGGUCGUGCAAAAGAACUGGAACUCGAAAGAAAACGGAUUAAGCGGCUCGAGCUUGAACUACAAAGGGACCGAGAUAUGCUGCGGGAACGUGAAGGAUCUGCUCGUCGGCUGAGCAACGCUAGGUCCGAGACUUGCCGCGCCCGAACAAAGCAACAUCGGGGAUCAGAACGAGGACACCAUGUGAAACGUACCAGGUCACGUAGCCCUUCUUAUUCUACUAAUGAUGUUGUGAAAAUUAUUAAAUCUAUAAAACAAGGCCUAGAUUCACAACCUACACCACAGAAUGCGCAGUUAACAAAAAAUAUAGACCACAAGAAUAUUCUGCCAAAUUUUGAUCCUUCUGUUACGAAUCAACGAAUAGACAUAUGGUUAAAGAAGGUUAAUGAAUGUGCUUCUGUGUAUGGUUGGGACGAUAGGACUACUAUUCACUUCUCGUUGCAAAAACUUCAAGGAUUGGCUAAAAUUUGGUUUGAAAGUUUAGAUACAAUUAUGUUCAGUUGGCAGGAAUGGCAGGAAAAAUUAACAACCGCUUUUCCUCACGAACAUAAUUAUGGCCAAUACUUGGAGGAUAUGCUGAAACGGAAGAGUAAAUUUAAUGAACCUAUCGAGACAUAUUAUUACGAGAAACUGGCGUUAUUGAAUAUGUGUGAUAUUGCUGGCAAAGGCGCUGUCGAUUGUAUCAUUCAUGGAAUCAGUGAUAGAACCAUAAAAUCUAGCGCGUUGGCAGUGCGCUGUUCUCAGCCCGAACAGCUAUUGCAAUUUUUGAUGAGUAACAGGGAUUCUAUUACUUUGCAUCAACCUUCCAAUUGUAAGAAUAGGAAUCUGUUAGAAAAUACGGAUGCCACCAGUGGCCACAGUUUGGAGACAAACGAAAAAAAGGUCUCUAAUCAAAGUGUCUUUUGUUUUAAUUGUAAAGAAAGGGGACAUCCCUAUCUUCAGUGUCCAAGACCUCUGGUUAAGUGCAAUACAUGCAAUAAAAUAGGACAUAAGGCCGAAAAUUGUUUCAGUAAAGCAGGGAAUGUUAAGACUCCAGACUCUUAAGAAAACCAUGUGCAUUUCAACUUCUAAUCAAAUUCAAAAUUUACCAAACAAAUUAGGGUCAAGGGUUUUGUCUUUGAAGUUUUUGUAGAUUUU